AUGUUUAAAUCCUUACUCGACUGGAUAAGGCCUACGGACAACAAUUCAUCCCUAAGUAAAAAAUUCAGGGAAGUUCUCCAAAGAAUCAUCGAUACAGUGCUAGGUGCUCUUAGCUCCCUAGGUGCUGGGCAAGCACAGCACUCACAUAUUCAAAUCAGUUGUCAAAGGCAGUAUGGCAUACAGAAUCACAAUCUGGGAAACGAAAAUUCAGAAAAUCUUACGGCGACUGACAUCCAGCAAGAUCUCAACCCUGAAUUGACCGCCAUCAAUGAUAUGGACUGGCUGAAUACUGUCGACUGGACGCAAGGUGACUGGCUCGAGCAGAGCAACCCACUUGUAACCGACCACAGUCUUCUGGUCAUGUCUUCAUCAAAUAAUCCAGGCCGUCUGCCUGUUGAAAACUCCACUGUGCCAUUCUGGCAUCAAGAAAUCCAUGAGCUACAUGAUCAUAGGACGACAGAAGAACUUCCAGCGUCGAGCGAUGUCGUCAUUAUAGGGGCUGGAUACGCUGGUAUCAGCACAGCUUACCAUUUGACAAAGGGGGAAUUAAGCGACAAUGAUCUGUCUAUUACGAUAUUAGAGGCUCGUGGGGUCUGUUCGGGUGCUACGGGACGCAAUGGUGGCCAUCUGCGGCCCGAUAUGUACACACCCAUGUCCAAGCUCAUCAGCCGAGUAGGUCAUGAGCUCGCAUUGGAAGUACCGCAAUUUGAAAUCGCCCACAUAUAUGCCAUCAAGUCUCUGGUUGAAAAAGAAAAGAUUGAUUGCGACUUUACACUCACAAGGUCAAUUGAUGUCUGGUGCGAGGAAGAGGCUGCGGUUAAAGCUAAGGCGAUGUAUGACACGCUUGCCUCCCGUGAUCUGGAUUAUAUGAAGGAUGUCUUCUUCGUACUCGGCAAGAAUGCGGAGGGUAUAUCAGGAGUCAAGGGAGCCAAGGCAUGCGCUUCAUUUACCUCAGCAACUCUGUGGCCGUACAAACUUAUUCUCCACCUAACGAAGUCAAUUCUGGAAACCGGCCGAAUCAACCUCCAAACCCACACUCCGGUGACAUCUGUGACCCGGCGACCGUCGGGAGACUUCCUCAUUUCAACACCACGAGGCGUGAUAAUCACGAAGAAAGUCGUGUAUGCGAACAACGCCUAUAUCUCGAGCCUUCUUCCGCAGUACAGCCAAGCCAUCGUCCCCUGCAAAGGACUGUGUACUCAUAUUUCAGCCCCACGAGGCACAAAAGUUCCACAUCUCAACAACUCCUACAUAGUGCGUGAAGAAGAUCAUGUUAUUUCAUACCUCAUCCCUCGCGCCGACGGUAGUAUUGUUGUUGGGGGAGCCAACUCAAAAUAUCGCCCGUUUCUAGAUCAGUGGUAUAACAACGUGGAUGAUUCUGUUCUCAUCCAAGAAGUCAAGGACCAUUUUGAUGGGUACAUGCAGCGAAUGUUUUAUGGCUGGGAAAAUAGCGGUGCUAGAGUGGACAAGAUUUGGACCGGGAUCAUGGGCUACAGCUGGGACUCCAACCCACAUAUCGGUGUUCUGCCUGGCCAAGAGAAUGAAUAUGUCAUUGCGGGCUUCAAUGGCCAUGGAAUGCCUUUGGUAUUCUUGUCUGCUCUGGGGAUUGCCAAAAUGAUACGGAAUGGCGAGAAGUUCGUAGAUACAGGCGUUCCAAGAGUAUUCCAAACAACGAAAGAGAGACUUGAGGGUGCAAAGAAUGAUGAUUCGGGAGGGGACAUUCUAGGUUGA